UCCUGAAGAAAGAACAGGAGACUGGCAGCUACGCGAUCAAUUGGAGGAGUAUAUCACACCAAUUGGGACAUCUGGUCAAAAAAAACGCAUGUGUCUCCCCCAAAAAAGCGAUCAAAUAAGCCGGCAGACAUUUAAAGCUCCGCUCAAGCAACAGGGAGACAGCAGACACCAGACGUUUGUAAAUCCGGGUGAAGAUCUGAACAAUAUUAAUCCUACAGAGACAUAUGUGAGGGGUGAUGAGCAGAGUAUAGAAGACAUUCCCACAGAUAAACGCCCAGAUGACUGCACCAGGAGCUCAGAGGGACAUGGGAUAUCGUCACAACAUACUAUGGCUCAAGAUGUAUAUGAACAGCAUGUCAUUAUCCCAGAUGUAUCCUCAGACUUUCACAGCAAAGAUCCAUCAUCUGAUUCUUUUCAAUGUAACCGAUCUUCUAAUUUACAGAUUGUUAAGCAAAACAAAGAACACAGAACAGGUGAACAUCAAAGACAGGAGAAGCAAUUUUCAUGUUCAGAAUGUGGGAAAUGUUUUCAACGGAAAUCAAAUUUUGUUAGACAUCUGAGAACUCACACAGGUGAGAAGCCAUUUUCAUGCUCAGAAUGCGAGAAAUGUUUUAAUGCUAAAUCAGAUCUUGUUAAACAUCAGAGAAUUCACACAGGGGAGAAGCCAUUUUCAUGUUCAGAAUGUGGGAAAUAUUUUACCCAGAAGCAAGAGGUUGUUUUACAUCAGAGAAUUCACACAGGGGAGAAGCCAUUUUCAUGCUCCGAAUGCGAGAAAUGUUUUAAUCAUAAAGCAAAUCUUGUUAGACAUCUGAGAACUCACACAGGGGAAAAGCCAUUUUCAUGCUCAGAAUGCGGGAAAUGUUUUAUCCAGAAGAGCGAACUUGUUGUACAUCAGAGAAAUCACACAGGGGAUAUGCCAUUUUCAUGCUCAGAAUGCAAGAAAUGUUUUAAUUAUAAAUCACAUCUUGUUAAACAUCAGAGAAUUCACACAAGGGAGAAGCCAUUUUCAUGCUCUAGCAACUCCACUAUAUAAGCCGGCAGAUCGCACAAACGCCAAUAAGAUAACAUGAUCAGACAGGGAGGGGGGGGUUGUAAAAAAGGAAUACGCAUAAAUACAAAUACGGAAUACGUAGGGAAGUGGUGGUGGUCCAGCAGCUCUGCGGUCUGUAAUCUAUUUAAUUGUUUAAGCCUCACAACUCCACUAUAUAAGCUGGCAGAUCGCACAAACGGCAAUAAGAUAACAUGAUCAGACAGGGAGGGGGGGUUGUAAAAAAGGAAUACGCAUAAAUACAAAUACGCAAUACGUAGGGAAGUGGUGGUGGUCCAGCAGCUCUGCGGUCUGUAUUCUAUUUAAUUGUUUAAGCUCUCUGUCGCCUCUCUGCUUUGAUUUGUGUAUGAUCUCUAUAUAUUUGCCAUUGACUUACCACACUGUGGGGCCUUACACUGGAUUGAUUUAUGCUUACUCCCUAACCAGAGAUAAGGGUGAGGGGUGUAACCUUAAAAAAAUAAAAUAAAAUCACACUUGCUAUUUGCUGAUUGUGACGGCCUACACAGUGGUAUGUGUGAGUGGUGUGUGUGAGGUUGCAGGGGGGGAUUCUACGUAUUGCAUAUUUGUAUUUAUGCGUAUUCUUUUUUACAACCCCCCUCCCUGUCUGAUCAUGUUAUCUAAUUUCCGUUUGUGCAUUCUGCCGGCUUAUAUAGUGGAGUUGUGAGGCUUCAGGGAGGUAUUGAAUGUAUUGCGUAUUUGCAUGUACAUGAAUUCUUUUUAUCUCCUUUUUGUUUGAUCAUGUGACCGAAUUGCUGCUGUUCCGCUGCCUACUGCCACAUUGGUAUCCAUUUUUAUUCAUUAAUUAUAUUAUGUAUUGCAAUGUUAAUAUAUGUAUUUUAAAUAAAGACGUUGUUUAAUA